AUGAGAUUCCUCACAGUCGCCUCAGCCCUGUGGCUUACCCUCUGCCCAACCGUCCUAGCUCAAGACACCUCAGCUUCAGGCUCUUUAUCCCUCAACUCUAACCAGCCCUCAUGGACCUUCGACUACUCCACCCAAAACGCCAACGACCAGAACUGGGUCGGUCUGUACUACACAGCAGGCGGCGGUCCCGUCGACCAGAAGAAGGGCUCGUCAAACUCCAUCAAGUGGAAGUGGGCGCCUCGCUCUCAAGGUUCUGUUCAGAUUGAUACUGGCAGCCUCGAGCCUGGUAACUACACUGCUUUCUUCCUCGCUCAAAACGGUUACACGUGGUUGGCGGAGCCGCUGCAGGUCAUCAAGGGUCGUGAGUUUGGUGGGGAUGUCAGCUUUAUUGUGGCUGAUGUCUCGCUUCCUAAUGCCCGUGCUGGCGAUAAGUAUUCCCACAGCGUGAGGGGCCUUGUUCGUGGUGGAAGCAGUGACGUUACCUUUUCCAAGGAGAGUGGUAGUGCCGAUUGGAUCUCGGUUAGUGAGGAUGGUAUCAUCUCUGGAACACCUUCUUCCAGCGCUGAUGAAGCUGUUGUUACUGUCCGAGCUACUGGUCGUGAUUCCGCCACAUCCGCUGCCUUCAAGAUCAAUGUCGCUGGCUCUGGUAAGGCUCUUGUGAGCACUCUCAAGGUCCUUUCUCUCAACAUGUGGAACGGCGGUACUGGUGUUACCAACUACCAUGACAAGCAGGUCAAGUUCCUCGCUUCAUGUGGCGCCGAUGUCGUCGGUAUCCAGGAAGACCAGCAAGGUCGUCACGUCCCUCGCCUCGCUGAUGCCCUUGGCUGGUACCACUGGUCCAGUGGCGGUGAUGUCGGUAUUCUUAGCAAGUACCCUAUCACCCAGGACUACGGUGUCAUCAGCGGCCCUGCUCGCUCCGGUGGUGUCAAGAUUGCUCUUGAUGGCUCAAACAAGGAGAUCAACUUCUUCGUCGCUCACCUUGGCUACACACCCUACGGCCCCUACGACACUUGCUUCGACCACUACCCCGUCGACAAGAUCAUCGAGCGUGAGGCUCAAUCUGGCCGCACUCCUCAGAUGAAGGCUACCCUCGCCGGCAUGAAGUCCCAACUCGACAACGCUGAUGACACUCCCGUCUUCUUCGUCGGCGACUUCAACGCCCCUUCUCACCUCGACUACACCGAAGGUCUCAAGGAGAAGAACUGCGGCUACUCAGGCAUCAAGUGGCCUACCUCCGUCCUCCCCGAGGAAGCCGGCCUCGUCGACUCCUUCCGCGUCGCCCACCCCGAUCCCGUCAAGGAGCAAGGCAUUACCUGGUCUCCCAUCUACAUCUGGAACGGAGGCAGACGUCGUCCCGAACCUCUUGACCGCAUUGACUUUGUCCUUCACAAGGGCAAGGGCCUCAAGGUUACCGACUCCCAGACCGUGGUUGUCGGUGACCCCAAGCCUCAGCCCAACCACAAGGAGAACGAGUGGUUCUCUGAUCACCGGGCUGUUUUGACGACUUAUGAGAUUUAA